AUUCAUAUGUCUCCAUCAUAGUAACCAAUUUAGUGGUUACUAGCAUUUCAGUAAGAUUCUAACCAAUUUUAUCUAUAGAGUAUACUUAUUAAUAUUUUGUAUUAAAUACAUACAAACAUGUGUUUACUACGAAGAAAUGUGUUCAAGUGUAUCUUCGGUAUAUACUGAUCAAUUAUCUUUUUUUCAUUGAAAUGAAUAUUUAUUGUUAUGAUAAAAAUUAAAUUAAAUUAAAUUUAAUUAAUAAUUGAUUAUAUACACCUGAGGUAAUAUUUUGAAAAUAUUUGUUUGCGACAUUUAUAAACAAAAAGAUACGAUGUCAGGAUUAUACGAACAAAUUAAACUUUUAUACAAUCAAUCGUUAUAUUCCAAUGUUAUUUCUCUCGCCAAUCUGGUUUUAUCCCUUAGCGAACAUAAUUCAGAACUUUUGCCAGUACAUGGAAAGUUUCAUGUUUACGUGUAUUAUGCGGAUGCCCAUUUUUAUUUAGGAAAAUAUAGGAAAGCGGAAGCAUUAUAUAAGAAAGCAUUACAGUUUCGAAAGUGCCUUUUAAAAUCUAAAUGUGCUAGUAAGCCAUUACAAGAUGGUCAAAAAGAUUUACCAUCGGAUAUAGACAUUAAAUUUCAGAUUCACUUAUGUUUAAUCAAGUUGAAAAAUUCACAGGAAGCACUUCAAGUUCUUCAAAGUAUUCCUGGUAAACAAAGAACUGCUAAGAUUAAUAUGGCAUUAGCAAAAAUGUUUCACGAACAAGGAAUGGAACGAUCUGCUAUUACAACGUAUAAAGAAGUAUUACGAGAAUGUCCUUUAGCCUUGGAAGCUGCAGAAGGAUUAUUAUCUUUAGGAAUAAAAGGAAUAGAAGUUAAUUCCCUUAUAGUUGGAUGUGCAGCAAGUUUAUCUAAUUUAGAUUGGUUAAAUACUUGGAUUAAGGCACAUGCACAAAUUCAUAAUAGAGAAUAUACUCAUGCCGUAACGACAUUGAGAACCUUGGAUACUAUUAAUUUACUAAGAGACAAUUUUAAUUUAUUAUCAGCAAUGGGUGAAUGUUAUUAUUAUGCAGGUGACGAUAAAAAUGCUUUAUUGUGUUUAAGGAGAGCCCGACUUAUAGAACCAGAUGUUAUGACAGGUGUCGAUAUUUAUGCUGCUGUUUUAUUUAAAACACAUCACAUAAAAGAAUUAGAAAGGUUGAUUUCUGUGAUAACUACAAAUAGUGAAAAUAUAGGUGAAAUAUAUGUAGCUAUGGCUUAUUCUUUAUAUGCAUCCAAAAAAUAUAAUAGAGCCAAUACGUUAACAGCACAAGCAUUAAAUCUAAAUCCUAAUGAUAUUGAAGCAACGAUUUUAAGAGGAAAUAUUCUUAUUGAACAAAAGAAAUAUCAGGAUGCAUUAUUUUUCUUUAGACAUGCUGUGCAAUUAAAACCAUAUCGUUAUGAACCGCACAAAGGUUUGAUUGAUUGUCUAGUCGGAAUGCAUAGAUUAAGAGAAGCUUUAAACAUUGCAAGUGGUUCCUGUAAGCAGCUUGGUCAUACUCCUAGAGUAUUGACAUUAUAUGCUUCCGUACUAAUGAAAGAUCCUGUAUCAGUCGGAAAAGCUAAAAACCUUUUGGAAAAAGCAUUAGCUCAAGACGAAGUUCAUUUACCAACCGUAUACUUGUUAGCUGAAAUAUAUGAACAAGAAAUGAACUUAGAAGCAGCAAUAGAAUUACUCGAAAGGCAAGUUGAAAUACAGCCUACUUGUAAAUUGCAUCAAAUGUUAGGUGAUCUCUGGGCAAGGGUACAUAAUGAAGAGAAAGCUUUAGAUCAGUACGCUAUUGCUUUAAAUUUGGAUCCAAGUAAUAGAAGAGCGUUGGAGGGAAUGCAUAGACUUGAUAAUACUUCAAGUAAAUUAGAUUCAACAUAUUACAUGACUGUAGGAGAAGAACAAGCAGAUACAACUUAUGACGUUGGAGAUGGUUUACCAGAUACUGAUAUUGAUGAAGCACCCGAUGAAAGCGAAACUGAAGCUGUUUGGUCUGAUAUGGAUCUUGAGGCUAAUAGCCAGUAAUAAUACAAUUUGUUUAUAUGAAAUGAACUAAUUUUUAUAUGUAAUUAUUAUGUAAAACACCAUAGAUCUAUUAUUAAUUCUGAAUCAUGAGAAUUUUCAUCAUAUAAUAUUCUAUUAUUCGAUUCUAUAGUAUUCCGUAUGUAUUAUAGAUCGACAUAAGAUUUACAAAUAGAUUUUUUUUUGAAUUA